AGGAGUAUGUGAACAUUAUCCAGGUAGACUCUUCCAGAAGACAUGUACCCUCUGCACUGCGUCGCCUCACUAUGGUACUCUCAACGUGUUGAUACCGUACACCAUACGCAAGGGUCUAGACUGGCUGGAGAGGAGGCUGCAGUCACAUGGUCUCCAGGAGGUCCCCAUAGCAACCAGGGAGUUUCUCCUGAAGUGCAUUCCCAUUGCUAGGGACCUGGUCCUUUACACACACAGACUGCACAUGGCUGUGUUCUACAUGCAAGGAAUCUUCUAUCAACUUGCAAAGCGAUUCAAUGGAGUGCAAUACUUGCAGUACACAGGUGGUUUACAGAAGGCAUCUGAUGAUUCAGUGAGCAAGAGUUUUCGAGCCCUAGGCUGGCUGACCCUGGCCCAGCUUGCGGGGUCUGCAGUGCUGGGAACCAGGGCAUACUUGCAGCAGACAUACAGAAAGGGUACUGGCCUUCUAGGAGGAAGUGAUACCCAUUCAGAGAUCGGAGGUCAGGUGUCGCCAGACAGGAAGUGUGCCCUGUGUCUAGGUGAGAGGUCACGUAGCUCUGUGACCCCCUGCGGCCACCUCUUCUGCUGGGGCUGCAUACACGACUGGUGCGCGACCAAGGCUGAGUGCCCUCUGUGUAGGGAGCAUGUUGAGCCACACCGUAUCGUCUGCCUACAGAACUUUGACGCCUCCUGAUGAUAGUUGGGGUUGUAUGUGAUGCAGAACCUAUAACUGUACCUCAUUCUGAGGAAACUGGUCUUAAUGCAUGUGCGCAAACUUCCGUCCCAGAUUGGCCUGUGCAGUCCGCACAGUCUGAUUGGGGGACAACACUGUCAGUCUAAACUGGAAUUUUGUUCAAGUCAGACAUCCUUUAAACAAACAAUUUCAUAUAAGCAGAAAGAGUCGUUCCUGAAUAGCCUGUGCAGCCUGUGAGCACUGUACUAAUCUUAGACAUCAUUUUACAUACAUGCACGAAGCCCAGUUUUUCUAGAGGUAGGCUCGACUCAUCGGUACCUUAUAUCUGGUACUGCACACGGGCUGUGAUAUGAAUUUCUCCUGCCAUGAUGUUCCCUGACCAGCUACUUAUGGUGUUGCUCGCACUGGUGACCAUGUUGUGUUAUUUGAUUGUUUUUGUUUUUAACUUGGUUUUGUUAUACUACAAAUAUUUACUGGAAAUAAAGUGACUUUCAACCUGA